CGCCCCGGCCGGUCGCCAUGUUUUUCCCUCCGCCCUGGACCGAGCCUCUGGAGCUGGAGUCGGGUAGCACUGCUGCUGCUGCCGCCUCUUGCCCGCUUAGACCUCGACCCUCUUUCUGCCUUCCUUGCAUCCAGGCGAGCCGGCUUUGAGCUCCCAGGGUGUUCUCCGUGUGGUCGCAAGGUAAUGAUGCUUGAAUUGAACUUCUACUAAGGUUGCUUGGGGCCUUGCUUGAGGCUGGCUUUGAACUCGCAAACCUCCUGCCUCAGCCUCCUGAAUCGCUGGGAUUACAGGGUUCUGAAGUCAAAACUUGUAAGAUUAACAAUGGCAGGAAAAUCAUCGCUUUUUAAAGUAAUUCUCCUGGGAGAUGGUGGAGUUGGGAAGAGUUCCCUUAUGAACAGAUAUGUAACUAAUAAGUUUGAUGCCCAGCUCUUCCAUACAAUAGGUGUGGAAUUUUUAAACAAAGAGUUGGAGGUGGAUGGACAUUUUGUUACCAUGCAGAUUUGGGACACAGCUGGCCAAGAGCGAUUCCGAAGCCUGAGGACACCAUUUUACAGAGGUUCUGACUGUUGCCUGCUCACUUUUAGUGUUGAUGAUUCACAGAGCUUCCAGAACUUGGGUAACUGGAAGAAAGAAUUCAUAUAUUAUGCAGAGGUAAAAGAGCCCGAAAGUUUUCCUUUUGUGAUUUUAGGCAACAAGAUCGACAUAAAUGAGCGGCAGGUGUCCACUGAAGAAGCCCAAGCCUGGUGCAGAGAGAACGGCGACUAUCCUUACUUUGAAACAAGUGCAAAAGAUGCCACCAAUGUUGCAGCAGCCUUUGAGGAAGCGGUUCGAAGAGUUCUUGCUAACGAGGAUAGGUCAGAUCAUUUGAUUCAGACAGACACGGUCCAUCUCCACCGAAAGCCCAAGACAAGCUCAUCUUGCUGUUGAUUGUUAGAUUAUCAGUGCGUUCUAACCAAUUCAUACAUGCACUUAAGAGUGGAUAAGAGAAUUAGUGUUUGCAGCAGUGUAUCAUCUACUAAUAAAUUUCAACUAAUGUUUAUUGCUGCUUCAUUAGUUGGUGGGAGAAGGGACACAUCCAUUCUGGAGGAAAUCUAUUUACUCAAUAAUGGCACCUUACAUUUAUAAAUUGUAAUGGUUGCCUAAUAAUGUUUCUUUAAUUUAAAUAUGUAAGUUAGAGCUAAUAAAUAAGAUGACCACAAUUGUAACUAAUUAAAACAAAAAACUUGACUAUUCUAGAAGUUAUACUUGGAUUGUUCUGUGCCUGUCCCCUGCCCCCCCCCCCCGGGAAAAUGGAGAACUACUUUUUAUACCUGUAUAUUUUUAUGUAAUUAGCAUUGUAUUCUUGGUUCAGGGAAAUGACUUCCUAAAGCAAUAAUGUUAAAUAUUAAAGAUUAAAAUCUAAUGCAUUUACAUUG